CCCCUCUGGCCGGAGAUGGGAGCGCACACAGCGGCACCAUCACGGCCGAAGACGCUGGAGAACCACAGAAAGGGAGAAAACACAACCAGCACCACCACCACUACUACCAGUGCUGUGGAGGAACACGGGAUAAUGGAACAAAUCGUCCCCCUCGCACCGGCUCCCUCCUCCGCGUAAAGACCCGCGACUCCGAUGUUGUCGUCGCUCCGCGUUUUGCGCUUUUUUACGCGUCCUCCUUGAAGCGCUGCUGGUACAAAGGCGCCUCGGACCCGAGGAGCAGCAGCGGCAGCGCCUGGGAUUCAUGGACAACAUGGAGUGAAGCCUCCACCUCCAGCCUCACACGGAGACAGUGAGUAAACCAGGACUGAUAAAAAAACACUUUCUCCUGUUUUUCUCUCCCCCCCACCCCCCCCCUGAGAUCCACAUCCCCCUGGUCACAAAGACACCAGCUGUCAUCGUGGCUGAGAGAUUUUCUUUUUGAUUAUUAUAAUUUUUUUUACUCCUCGUCUGAAAGUGCCCUUUUUGUGGAAUAAUGCAUGAGAAACACGAAGUUUGCUCCAGUUUUUUAUUCCUGUCUCUGCGCCGCACGUUCCCAGUGGUUCCAGUGACUGACCAGCCGGUUUCUCUUGUUCAGAAUGGGAUGUAUUGUUGCGCCCGCGCAGCCCACGACAAGUGUCAGCAAUUAGACAGUGUGUUUGUGGACGGGUUUCCUCGAGGCCUGCUCUGAACACUGCCCCUGCUCUGCUGCUGGAGCUGGACAUUGUUGUUGGGAAGGACACAGUGUUGGACAGGGACAAUCUGCGUGUCCUUGGCAUCUUCCCUCCCUCCCUCCCCUCGUGCGUGAGUCGGGGGGUCGUUCUCAGAAAUAGAUUGGUGGAACAAUAUGGUGGAACCCGUUGGAUUCAUGGAGGCGUGGAAAGCACAGUUCCCAGAGUCUGAGCCCCCCAAGAUGGAGCUGAGGUCAGUAGGGGGCAUCGAGCAGGAGCUGGAGAGGUGCAAGGCGUCCAUCAGGCGUCUGGAGCAGGAGGUGAACAAGGAGCGAUUCCGCAUGAUCUACCUGCAGACCCUCCUGGCCAAAGAGAGGAAGAGCUACGACAAGCAGCGGUGGGGCUUCAGGAAGACGCCGCUGAACGAGGGGAUGGACCCCGCAGCCACACAGGGUGCAGAGUCCCAGCAGCCACACAUGCAGGAGACUGGUGGGGUUGGAAUAGGAGUUGGAGUUGGAUGUUAUGGCGGCGGUGGCGGUGGUGGUGGUGGUGGUGGCGGUGGUGGUGGUGUUGGUGGUGUUGGUGGGCCCAUCAUGGACAGGACUCGCUUCCAGCCUCUUGGAGAUGGUACAGGCAGGACCAAACCGAGACCUCCACCUGCCAGAAAGUCAGCCUCCCACGGAGACGGACUGGAGUCAGCAUUUGACGUGCCCCAGCAAGUUGAGUCGACAUCCUGCGACAACCUGGACGGCCUCUCGCCAUCCAAGCAGAGAGGCGGCAUCUCAGUCUCUCCCCGCAGGCCCACCCUUCCACCCCCAGACAAGGAUCUGCCCACUGACCCCAAGGACAAACUUGGUAUGGGUCUUGGUGUGGCAGCUCUUAGAUCCAACUUUGAGAGGAUCAAACGGGCCAACUCUCACUCUUCAGGUGAUGUAGCUAAGGGUCAGGAGAAGCAGCUACCACCGCCACCACCACCAUUUUACACUAACAUGGAAUUCCACCAUGAGAGGGGUCUGGUAAGGGUCAAUGACCGUGAAGUCUCUGACAAGAUCAGCUCCCUGGGCAGCCAGGCCAUGCAGAUGGAGCGAAAGAGAUCUCUUCACUCCCUCCCAGGUAACCUGGCAACAGUAGCCGGGGAGCUCCGCGCCAGGCCUGUGUACAGAGGACGUUCCACUGAGAGCACCUGCGGCUAUGACGCAGAAUAUGAAGAUGGAGAGCCCAAUCAGAGACAUUCAGCGAGAGCCAAUGGGGGUAAACCUCCGCCCCCGCCUUGGCAGCCCUCUGACUUCCAGGCCUACUCCAGUGUCUAUGUUGGUGGGGUGAUGAUGGGCGAAGGUGGGGUUGGAGAUGGUAGAUCUGGAGGUGUCACAAUGAGAGAACACGGGGGAGGAGACGACCACCUCCUGACCUGGCCACGCCGCUCCUACUCCCCAGGUAGUUUUGAAGAUGUAGGUGGAGGCGGCGGCUACACGCCGGAUUGCAGCUCCAACGAGAACCUGACGUCCAGUGAGGAGGACUUCUCCUCUGGCCAGUCGAGCCACGUCUCACCCAGCCCCACUACGGCCUUCCGUCGGCCCUUCAGAGAGAAGAGCCGCUCGCCAUCCCAGAACUCCCAGAACUCCCAGCACUCUUUGGACAGCAGCAGCCCGCCGACACCGCAGUCCCAGAAGCGUCCUCACCGGCAGCAGGGAGGCCACGUGGUCAUGUCUGAGGCCACUAUUGUGAGUGUUCGCAAGACCGGUCAAAUCUGGCCACCUGCUGCCCAUCAUGACCUCUUGCCCCACGGCAGAACAUCCCACGACAACAGUUUCCAUGGAGACCACCUAGAUGGUCACUUCACCGGGACCCCUCCCUCAUACGGUUACGAUGCAGACCGCGCCGAGGAGCAGCGGCGGCACCACGACAUCCUGCCGUACAUCGAUGACUCGCCGUCGUCUUCGCCGCACCUCAGCUCCAAGAGCCGCAGCAGCCGGGACACCCUCUCCUCGGGGUCGCUGGAGUCCUCCAAAUCGACUGAAUGUGACCUGGAAAAAGGUUUGGAGAUGAGGAAGUGGGUCCUGUCUGGGAUCUUGAACACAGAGGAAUCAUACCUCAGCCACCUGGAGGCUCUGCUGCUGCCCAUGAAGCCGCUGAAGGCUGCAGCCACGACGUCGCAGCCCGUCCUCACCGUGGCCCAGAUAGAAACCAUCUUCUUCAAAGUGCCUGAGCUGUACGAGAUCCACAAGGAGUUCUACGACGGACUCCUGCCCCGCGUGCAGCAGUGGAGCCACCACCAGAGAGUCGGGGACCUCUUCCAGAAACUGGCCAGCCAACUCGGAGUUUACCGAGCGUUCGUGGACAACUACGAGCUGGCCGUGGAGACGGCGGAGAAGUGCUGCCAGGCGAACACACAGUUUGCAGAAAUCUCCGAGAACCUGAAGGUGAGGAGCCCCAAAGACUGCAAGGACCAGACGGGCAAGAACUCUCUAGAGGCUUUACUAUAUAAACCAGUGGACAGAGUAACACGUAGCACAUUGGUACUUCAUGACUUACUCAAACACACGCCCACGAGCCACCCGGACCACGCUCUGCUGCAGGACGCUCUGCGCAUCUCCCAGAACUUCUUGUCCAGCAUCAACGAGGAGACGACGCCCCGGCGCCAGUCUAUGACCGUCAAGAAGGGAGAGAACAGGCAGCUGCUGAGGGACAGUUUCAUGGUGGAGUUGGUGGAAGGAGCCAGGAAGCUGCGACACGUCUUCCUCUUCACGGAUCUGCUGCUCUGCGCCAAACUGAAAAAACAGAUCGGAGGAAAAAGUCAGCAGUACGACAGUAAGUGGUACAUCCCCCUGACUGAACUGACCUUCCAGGGUCCAGAGGAGACCGAACCACUCACCAUCCCCCAGGUCCCCGAUGAGGAGCUCGAUGCCAUGAAGGUCAAGAUCUCACACCUCCGCAGUGAGAUUCAGAGAGAGAAGAGAGCCAACAAGGGUUCAAAGGUCAUCGACCGGCUGAGGAAGAAGUUGUCCGAACAGGAGUCUCUUCUCCUGCUAACAUCUCCGAGCAUGCCGAUCCGCGUCUACAACAAGAACGGAAAGGGUUACAGUUUCCUGAUUUCAUCUGACUACGAACGUGCCGAGUGGAAGGAGAUAAUCAAAGAGCAGCAGAAGAAAUGUUUUAAAACAUCCUCCUUGACGUCCAUGGAGUUACAAAUGUUGACCAACUCCUGUGUCAAGCUACAGACCGUUCACCACAUUCCACUCAGCAUCAAUAAAGAAGAGGAUGAAUCCUCCGGCCUCUGCGGGUUCCUGAAUGUAAUCGUCCACUCUGCCUCCGGCCUCAAACAGAGCUUAAGUUCAACUCUAAAGAAUCAUGAUGUGAACGACUGGAAAACUUAUCUCUACUGCACAUUGGAGGUGGAUUCCUUUGGCUUCUUUGCAAGUAAAGCCAAGACGAGAGUGUAUCGAUACACCACUGAACCCAAAUGGAACGAGGAGUUUGAGAUUGACCUGGAGGGCUCUCAGACCCUGAGGCUGCUCUGCUACGAGAAGUGCUACAACAAGACCAAGCAGAACAAAGAGGAUGGAGAGAGCUCAGACCGCAUCAUGGGGAAAGGACAGAUCCCGCUGGACCCUCAGGCUCUCCAAGGCAAAGACUGGCAGAGAACAGUUAUUCCCAUGAACGGGAUCGAGGUGAAACUCUCCAUAAAGUUCACCAGCCGAGAGUUCAGCCUGAAGAGGAUGCCCUCGCGGAAACCAAUGGGUGUGUUUGGAGUCAAGAUCUCCACGGUGACCAAACGAGAGCGCUCCAAGGUGCCCUACAUUGUCCGGCAGUGCCUAGAGGAGAUUGAAAGGAGGGGUAUGGAGGAGGUGGGCAUCUACAGAGUGUCGGGGGUGGCCACUGAUAUUCAGGCCCUGAAGACGGCCUUCGAUACCAAUAAUAAAGACGUGUCAGUGAUGAUGAGCGAGAUGGACGUCAACGCCAUCGCCGGGACCUUGAAGCUGUACUUCAGAGAGCUCCCGGAGCCUCUUUUCACUGAUGACCUCUAUCCCAACUUCGCAGGUGGCAUCACUCUGUCUGAUAGUGUUGCCAAAGAGAGCUGCAUGUUGAACCUACUGCUGUCGCUGCCAGAGCCCAACCUGGUCACAUUCCUAUUCCUUUUGGAUCACCUGAAGAGGGUGGCAGAGAAGGAAUGCGUCAACAAGAUGUCGCUCCACAACCUGGCGACGGUGUUCGGGCCGACCUUGCUGAGGCCUUCUGAGAAGGACAGCAAGAUCCCAGCGAACCCCACGCAGCCCAUCAGCAUGGGGGACAGCUGGUCGCUGGAAGUCAUGGCACAGGUCCAGGUGCUGCUGUAUUUCCUCCAGCUGGAGACCAUCCCCACCCCGGACAGUAAACGACAGAGCAUCCUCUUCUCCACUGAAGUAUAGAGCAAACACUGGCUGUGACACCAUGAAGGAGAGAAAAAGAUGAGACGGACCUUGGCUCAAACUGAGCCUGUAGUAGUAUGUUUUUUCAAUUGACCAGAUUCCGUUAGGCUCUUGCAGCUGGUUAAGGAUUGUCUAUGGCGAUGCCCGCUCCUCUUGAACACAGGAGGGCGUCAUUGAGCCUCUGAAGCUCAGUGUGCGGCGCUCUGUUUUCAUACUGCUCGUGUUUAGUAUGACUCCAUGUUUCCUCAGUGAUGUUGUGGGUGUGUCUGACAUCUACUGUUUCUCCACGUUGCCCUUUGUCGGUCUUAGCAUUGAAGAGAUGCGAAAAAACGCGUCUUUCCUGAUUCGUGGGUUAAGCUCGCCAACAUAUCACAAUCUCCAUGUAUCUUUGUGUUUGGGCAUUGUUCUCUAUCUGUGUUUUCUGUUUUGGGACAAUCAUCCAAGUCAAGGCUCCCGCAAAACAUGUUUAUUCGUCUCAGACGUCCUUCCACGUCCACGUCGAGGAAAAUUCUACUUGUGUCUUACAUGAUCUCAGUGCUUUGUUUCCGACGAGACGCAGGGAGACAUUUGUUGGAGUUCCAAGCAAACGUCCAGCGCUGCCGCGUCACUGGCUUUUUUCUUUGUGGUACAAAAGCCGCGGGGGGAAGCAGACACCUACAAUGUUCAAAUGUUUACAGCGUAAACAAAACCUGGUCGGAGUCGGAACAAGACGGCUCAAAGAAGGACUGUAAAAUAGAAGAGGAACACGAAGACUAGAAAUAAACUGCAACCUGACUGCCAGCGGUUUGUCUGACCACAAAGAUUUUACCCUACUUGUGUUGUUUGUGUCUCCAGGUAGUCUUCAGCGUAAAUACCCAGGAAGCAAUAUAUUUUCUAACAUAGGAGUCGUCUGUGUUCAUAUCUUUGCUGAGGAAAUGUCCUUCUUAUUGUACCAUAGGACAUCUUUGCCAAAUUCAUAUGUUGUUUGUUUGUUUGUUUCUAGGAAAAAAGGAAGCAGUUGUAUUUACAGUUACAGUUUGUACAUAAUCUUUACAAAAAAGAAGUUUUUUUUCUUUUUGUUUAACAAUUUAAUCAUUGUUGCUAUUACUGUAAUUUAUUUUCGGGCCUGGGGGACAAAUUGGUUUGUUUUUAUGUGAACUUUGUUUGGGGGUUUGAUUAAGGAAGUGGUAGGUCUUAGCCUUGACUUUGAGUCUUGCAGUAAAUAAGCAGGAUUUAGCCUUGAUCUUAUAGAAACUACUCAACUGUUCAGUCCAGCCGAUCUAUUACUCAUUUAUCAUGAAGGCAACACACACACACACACACACACACACACACACACACACACACACACACACACACACACACACACACACACACACACACACACACACACACACACACACACACACAUAUAUGUUGAAGUUACAUACUGUCUGCUGCUGGGGAAAAGGCACAAGCUCUUUAACUGCUGGGUGUUCCUCAGCAGAUCGUCCAGAGACCAUGGUCUGUCUAGUGUAGACAUUAUGCAAUGUCAUAAAACACACACACACACACACACAUAUAUGACAUUGUCUCUAUUAAUCUGUGGCUGCAGACGUGCACUCAUGCAAUGUUAGAACUACUGUAUUUAUUACAAUUCAAGUGACCUGAGCACUCAGCAUUUAUGUGCAUUGAAGAGCAUAUCUGUUGGUUUAAUGAAGGAAUCUCAUUUUGUUUUUAUUUAAUUUAAUUUCUCUCGGCACUCAAAUGUUCUGACAACUGUUCAUCCCCGUUCUCCAUCCGGUUGAACCUGAAGACGUCCCUAACGGCCAAGUUAAAGAAAAGCUCUUAAGAUGUUUUCUUUUUACACUAAAACAACAUAUCUGUGUCCUUGAUUUAACAUGCAGGCAUGUUUUUAUUCUCUUUUCUUUAUCUUCUUGUUGCUCUGUUUACAAACGUGUCCUCACACACUUGGCUUUGGGACGCCGUUAACUCACGAGGAUCCGGUUUAUCUCAGCGUGUCACUGCUUGGCCCAUUUAAGGAUACACGUCACGGUUCGAUUCCCAUAUAUACAAUAUCAUAGGCAUGAAGCUCAAAACCAUCUGAUCGUGUUACUGGAUCUGUAAAGGGCUAGUAAGAUAUCACAGGAAGGCAUAGGCAAGUACGUUUUAACAUGAAUGUCCGUAGACUUUUAAUGGCGAGAGGAGUCUUUCCUCUUUGGAUACACAUCAGUGUUAAACGAUUUGACGCCCAAAAGACGUUUAUGUCGCCUUUCUCUUUAGAUUUUACAGAAAACACCAUCACUCUAUCAUCCCCAUGAAAAACGGUUGAGGUUUGAUUCUGGAAGUGUCCAUGCGUUCAUUCCCGGCCCAGUUGUGUGCAUCUUUAAUACUGCCACUGUGCACCUCCACCAACUCUGGCCUGUGCAGCAUGCUCACAAUCGACCCUCGUCUAUAUUUGAGGGGAUGAAUCCACAGCUCAUCAGUUCCUCCGUCCGUGCAUCACCUUUAGAAGUCCCGAUUGCCUACACUCGUCUGCCCUAUCGUGCCUCGACACUCCUCCUUUGGUUUGAGCGCCUGUGGUUAAAGGAAUGUCAGCGGACGCGCGCUGACGCCGGAGACGUCGCUCGGUCUCCCGUUGCCUUUGCUGAGGGCGGCCACACACCUCUCACUUCUUAAACAAGGAGCUAAGACAGGACCUUAAGCUUAAGCACGGUCUUAGCUCGUAUUGUAAACGCCUGCCACCCUCGUUUGACUGUGAUGCUGUAAAACACAAACUGUGUCAGUCUGAAAGGGGCAAAGGACAGAAUCUCCUGCCCUUUACAGUAUGUUUCUUUUAGCUCUUAAAAAGUUUCAGCUCCUUUAAUGCCUUUUAUUUUUUAUUUAUUAACCUAGUUUGCUAUAAGAAGGUCUACUGGAUCUAUUUAUUUAUGAUAUUAUGUCAUGGAAAACUGAAUUAAUGUUAGAAAAAUGAUCUUUUAUGGGGAAGUCUUAUGUUACAGUCUGCUUAUCGAACAUCCUGUUAAAAGUUAUGUCGCAAUCACAACCACCGCAAACACCUUUUUUAACCCCCAACCCCCAACUCCUGCAUCCUCCAACAUUGUCCUCUCUGUAGUAAUUUGUGUCGUACAACAGACUGGCCACUGUGAUUGUCUAGCUAUCUGGCUUUUAGAGAACAGCAGGUAUCAAGUUCCUGUCGAUUCAAAAACGGUAGAUUAAAAACUUCUCCUUCUUCUCCACAGCGUUGUAUAAUAUGUAUUAUACUAGAGAGUACAUAAUUGGGUUUUUGGCUUUUAUUUAUUGUGGCGUCCAUUGGCUUUUGAUGAAGAUGUUAAAGUUGAUCAAGCUGGUAAAACCUCUAGUCUCUUUGAAAAGCCAAACUGUCAGUAUAUGGUAGAAGAGGGGGAAAAAAGUCCUAUAUUACUCUAAAAUCUGAUUUUUGUUUUAUUUUUUGGUCUGUUGCUUGUCAGUGUAUCUGCAUGUACCCUCCAUAACACGGUUCCCUCCAUAACCUCGGUUCUGUACAAAGUCCACACGGCAAAAGAAAGGUUUAGUUUUUCUGUGCAAUGGCCUGAAACUAUGGAACAUAUUGCUCUAUAUGAAAGUUACAAAGAUUUUGCGUUUAUUGUACAUGGCAACCGGAAAUGAUCACAACAUUUUCAUACAAUUAAUAAUAAUAAUUUGAAAUGACCCUGUGCAGCCACCAUACUCUGAUACGUUGACCUCUGGGUGGGAAAUGCUUGUUUCUCUUCUGUUCAACUUUUACCUGUAAAAGCUGAGGACGAGACUUGCUUACCAACCACAAACUCUUGUUCCCUGUUGAAUAUUCAAUGUUCUGCUUGUAGAACUGUAAAAAGGAAAACUGUAUUCUGAGGGCAAACAUGUUUGGAAGGCAUUUGCAGCCUAUGUUUGUACACAAAAAUGUUAAAUAAAAUCUCCUGUAUCAAGA